AUGCUCAGCAUUUUUAGGGAUUCAGACCUGAGGAGAGUACGCCUAAGGCUACCAUUUGUUCAUGAAGCAGUAUACGAUUUUGGCUCGAACGCACAUGACAGGGAAACCUUAGAGUUUAGCACGCAAGCCGAUGUUCAAUCUCGUAUCAGGAUGUGGGCGAAAGACUUACAAGAGAAACCCAUACUCUUGCUGUUUGGUUCAGCCGGGACGGGGAAAUCAACAAUAGCUCGGAAUUUUGCACAAGAAAUGGAAGGCAUCCAACUUCUAGGGGCCAGCUUUUUCUUUCGAUCUGAUUAUGCAGAGUGCAACAAUGCAUCCGGGUUUAUUACUACGAUUGCUCUUCAGUUUCUACAAAGGAUACCUGAUCUACUCCCUUAUAUGACAGCUGAAGUGGACAAAGAUCCUAUGAUUGCGAGUCGGCCAUUAACUUCUCAGUUCGACGCUCUUAUUUUCAGACCCUUUUCUAAAAUACACUCGGUGCAGGCACCAUUUAUUUUGGUUAUUAACGCCAUAGAUGAAUGUCAAUCAAAAGAUGACAUCUUGGAGAUUCUCGGUCUCCUCAGAAGACCGCAAGACCCAGCAGCACCAUCGAAUUCGGAAGCGAUUUGGCUACGGGUUUUGUUAACUAGCCGCUCGGCUGAAUUUCUACUUAAAACCCCCGAUAUUCCCCGAGAUAUACUCCAGGUACUAUAUAUUUCUAACGGCGAAGACGAAGCCGAUAUAUCUAUCAUAUUGGAUGAUUUAUUUUCUCGAAUCCGACUUGAGAUUCUGAAAAAUCUUCCCGAGUCUAAACUUCAAGAAUAUGAAUCUUGGCCCGGGAAACAAGUGUCUACGAUAUUAUUAAAUAUGGCAAAUGGGAAAUCUAGCAAUGUGAUGAAAAUCUGUCGAUUCCUCGACCCUACGUUUACUGGUAGGCCUUGGCUGGGGUGGAAUCCGCUAAAAAGAUUGAAAAUUAUCUUGGAGUACAGCAAAACCGGACAAAUACCUGAGGUGGAAGGGAUCGGAGAGAAAGAUAUUCAACUUUUGGAAGGAUUGGUGGUCGAUAAGAUUCCAACGUCAUAA